CCUAGUAUCUAGUUACCCAAACUCCAAACCGUACACACACAUUACCUCCAUAUACCAGUCGUUUUUAUUUAUUUGUCGUUUUCGUACAUUUCUGUAAAUUUAUAUAUUUUAUAUAAAUACCGUACACUAACGCUCCGCUGUCGCAGUAUAAUACCUGUUGUACACCGCGACGACCAUAUAGUACACAACUCCACUCGUCGCCGUUUGUUCCGGUCACGAACACGACUACCUGUUGUACCCGUACACAUCGUAAUAAAUAAUAUUUAUUAUAUUUUCCGACGUCCCGAUUCCGGCAUAUUUUUCCCGCCGACGUUUUAACUGCAAGUGUUGCGCCGAACGCCAAAAACAAAAAAAAAUCAUACAAAAUGGUUUCCGUACAGAGGGUUUUGAUCGUCUUGUGCGUCGUCCUAUGCCACCUGAUGAUCGCGUCAGCUCAAUUCGACUUUGGCGAUUUCCUGUCCAAUGUCGAACAAUCCAGCAACCGAGACCCUAGAGAAAACCGAGGCCCAGUUCUGUUCCCGGCAACACAACCCGGUUCCGAGACUAGCGGCGUAGUAGUGGGAGCUUCAGGGUUCGGAUUCGUACCGCCCGGUGGCAACAAACCACAACGACCACAAGCACAAGGCGAGAACAUUUUCAGCUUCUGGUGAUGAAGACGAGAUCCGAUAACGAAGCACACUGCAAGUAGAUUGAAUUUCCUACCCGUCUAACCCGGCAACGGAUAGCAAAUAACUUGUCAAUGCGAGAUCUCUACAAAUAUAAUAACAAAAAUUAAGAAUAAUAUUAUUAUACGUAGGUACAUUGUAUCUAUACAAAUCGAUGUAAAACUACCGUAUUAUAUUAUAUACACUCGUUUCGAAUAUCACAUCGAAAAAUUCAUAAAUAAUACAUACGAGCAUAGGUAUAAAAAUAUAUAUAAUAUAUAAUAUGUAUAUAUAUAAUAUGCACGCCUCGUAAACUUAUUAUCUGAAUUCGUACAAAAGUAUAUGUAUAAUACAUAGGUAUACUCUAGAGUUUUCUUAAUUUAUUUUAUUACAUAUUGUACAUAUAAUUUUCAAGUCUCUUAUUAUAUCUAAUAAUUUAUUUCAUAGUGAAUAUAUUACAUAUAUAUUACAACCGACUUAGGUUAGUUACCAAUUAUUAUUAAACAUUAUAAACUGCUAUAUAUUAUUUACCUAUAUAUAUAGAUUUAUCAUAUUAUUAUAUUCUUUUAAAAUAUUGUAAUUUUAAGAAAAGACAUUAUGUAUCUGUGGUUACCGUAUAUUUAUAACGCGCGUAUCCCAAUAGUUUACCUAUUAUACCUAUAUACUAAAUAAUUUCGAUGUAUGCAUACAACGGAAAAAUGAUAGAAAAACGAAACAUGAUUUUAUUGCAAUAAAGUUACUACUAUAUAUUA